CCAUUUUAUUAGUUUUAAUGCCAGUAGCUGGUUAGAUUGCAUCACUCAUCGCUGCACGUGAAAGAAAAGCUCCCGACUUUUCGGGUAAUUUUUUCCAAAAAUUCUACAAAUCAAGGCAACAAAAAUGUUAAUGGCGACGCGCUUUCUUUCCCAAGGAUGUACCGGAGUCGGCGUUGGCAUCGCCAGGAGGCAACGAUUCAGUACUCUGUUGAAAAAUGCGGUCGCUCCUGUGGUUGCACCUUCGUCUCAAAGUUCGUCCGAUUUGUACCAGUAUCGUUACAAAUCGGACGGUGUCAAGGGAGCCGUUGUCGGUAUAGAUCUCGGAACGACAUUUUCAUGCGUCGCUGUGAUGGAGGGUAAGCAGGCGAAAGUUAUUGAAAAUGCAGAAGGUUCCCGAACAACUCCUUCCUACGUUGCAUUUAGUAAAGAUGGUGAGCGUCUAGUUGGCAUGCCAGCUAAACGCCAAGCCGUGACGAAUUCAGCAAAUACAUUCUACGCAACUAAGCGGCUCAUAGGUCGCAAAUUCGAGGAUGCUGAAGUCCAAAAGGAAAUGAAAACGGUUUCUUAUAAAAUCGUGAAAGCAUCCAAUGGAGAUGCGUGGGUUCAGGGAUCCGAUGGAAAAAUGUAUUCGCCGAGUCAAAUAGGAGCGUUUAUUCUUAUAAAAAUGAAAGAAACCGCGGAAGCUUAUUUGAGUACAAAAGUUAAAAAUGCGGUUGUAACUGUUCCGGCGUAUUUCAACGAUUCCCAGAGACAGGCGACCAAAGAUGCAGGGCAAAUCGCAGGACUUAAUGUUCUGAGAGUAAUCAAUGAACCUACGGCUGCAGCGCUCGCCUAUGGCCUGGACAAGGCCGAGGAUAAAAUUGACAAGAUAAUUCACCAAAGCAUUAUCGAAGUCCUCUCCACCCAAAAAUGUAUCACCAUUAGUCGAUUUUACUUCGAAGACCCCCUUUUGAAUUUCCAAAAUGGAAAUAUCGAAGGUACCUCCACCCAAGUCCAAGGUAUCGAUGUGACAAAGGAUGCAAUGGCGAUGCAGCGAUUGAAAGAGGCUGCUGAGAAGGCAAAGAUCGAACUCUCAAGUUCGCUGCAAACUGACAUCAACCUUCCCUAUCUGACAAUGGAUGCAGGUGGACCAAAACACUUGAAUCUGAAACUUUCGAGAAGUAAAUUUGAGAGUCUUGUCGGAGAUCUGAUCAAACGCACAAUUCAGCCUUGCCAGAAAGCUCUCUCCGACGCAGAAGUAUCCAAAUCUGAUAUCGGCGAAGUUUUGUUGGUUGGAGGAAUGACCCGAGUUCCCAAAGUCAGCCAGACUGUUCAAGACCUCUUUGGAAGGCAGCCAUCAAGGGCAGUUAAUCCCGACGAAGCGGUUGCUAUCGGGGCUGCUAUUCAGGGCGGAGUUCUCGCUGGUGAUGUCACUGAUGUUUUGCUGCUCGAUGUCACUCCUCUUUCGCUUGGUAUUGAGACUCUAGGAGGAGUUUUCACAAAGCUGAUUACACGUAACACCACGAUUCCUACCAAGAAGAGUCAAGUAUUUUCAACGGCAGCUGACGGACAGACACAAGUCGAAAUUAAAGUUCAUCAAGGUGAACGAGAAAUGGCGGCUGACAAUAAGAUUUUAGGGCAGUUUACUCUCGUUGGAAUUCCACCAGCACCCAGAGGUGUUCCACAAAUUGAAGUUACGUUCGACAUUGAUGCCAAUGGUAUCGUUCACGUUUCGGCUAGGGAUAAGGGUACCGGCAAAGAACAGCAAAUCGUAAUUCAGUCCAGCGGUGGUCUCAGCAAGGAUGAGAUAGAAAAUAUGGUGAAGAAAGCCGAACAGUAUGCAAAGGAAGAUAGGAUAAAGAAGGAAAGAGUAGAGGUUGUAAAUCAAGCUGAAGGAAUUAUUCACGACACCGAGGCUAAGAUGGAGGAAUACAAAGCCCAAUUGCCGCAAGAAGAGUGCACGAAUUUGACGGAGAAGAUCGCAAAGAUGAAGGAAACUUUGGCGAAGAAAGAUGAGAUGGAUCCAGAAGAAAUAAAGAAACAAACCAACGAACUUCAGCAGGCCAGUCUGAAAUUAUUUGAAAUGGCGUACAAAAAGAUGGCUUCUGAACGUGAAAGCUCCAACCAGAGUACACAACAAGAACCCGAGAAGGAAGAUGAGAAAAAGAAGGAGGAGAAGAAUUAAAAAUAUUUAAUUGACUUGAAUUUACACGCAUCUUAGGUCCAUUUUUAAUGUGAGCGAAUAAUGCACUUAUUUUUAUUUUUAACAUCUUAAUUACAUUUUUUGUCUCAUACAAAAUUACGAACAUUUAAUUACUCGACUGUGAAAGUUUAUUGCAGUUGCAAGUUUAUAAAUAUUCGUAAAAUUUACGUAAAAAUUCUUGAUGUAAAAGCUAAUAGAACUAAGUGUGUUAUGGUGAGAGCUGAUUUGAUAGCGGAAAAUUUAGUUUAGCUUGAAAGUCUUUGAGAAAUUGAGCAAAUUGAUAAUGUAGGAGUAUGAUUUUUUCAUACAUUAGGUUUCUAAAUUUUCACCGAACUGGAACAUCAUGAUGUAAAUUGUGUACAUAUAGGAUUGAGUGUUGUAAAACGUCUUCUGUAGUUACUUAUUUUGGCUAUGAAAUAGCAGCAUUUCGUAGGCUUCAAAUACCCGAUUUGAGCAAAAUUUGAUAAAGUCCUUGUGAAUUUUGGGACUUGUGUGAUUGACUGAAAAAUGGAUGAAAGUAAAAGAGUGAUCGAAGAGUGCAUAUGUAUGAUAUUCAUAAACAUAAGAUAUUCAUUAUGUAUAAAUUACUGUUAGGGUUAACAGAAAUUUCAGCCCUAUUCACUUUUUUUUUAUUUGAAAGAUAUGCCAGUCUUAGUGUAAAUGUUUUUUUGCUGUGUUGUUUAUUAAAAAAAA